AUGCGCGACCAGGUGGGCAGGACAGCCCUUCAUCUGGCUGCCGAGAAGGGACACCUGGAGGUGGUGGAGUUUCUCCUGGCCCUCUGCUCUUCUCACAGCAUCAAAGACAAGGAGAAGAACACAGCCCUUCAUUUGGCAGCCAUGAAUGGACAUGCAGAUGUAUUGCAGAAACUUCUAGAAGUUGGCAUGGACCUGGAUGACAAGAAUGCAGAAGGGAUGACUUCCCUACAUUUAGCUGCUGAGGGAGGACACAGUGAUUGCAUCCAUCUACUUCUGGAAGCUGGCUGUGAAGUCAAUGUCCAAACGCAGAAAAAAAUGACCUGCCUCCAUUAUGCUGCACUGAAUGGCUAUGUAGACAUGGCCAAAACCCUUCUUGCUGCAGGAAUCCAGACGGAUGCUCUGAAUUAUCAAAAUGCAUCAGCUAUGCACAUUGCGGUGCUACGGAACCACCCAGCCAUGGUCAAGCUUCUCAUUGAUGCUGAAUGUGACCUUGAUGUUCCUGAUAAUAGGCAACAGAGCCCUCUUCAUAUUGCUGCAGAGCACGGAAGGCAAGAUAUCGCUGAGUUGAUCCUCAUGGCUGGGGUGAAUUUAAAAUUAACCGAUAAGCAAGGAAAAACAUCUCUGGACGUAGCUGCCCGUGGGAACCACGUCAGUUUGGUUGAUAUGAUCAUCAAAGCGGAUAGGUUUUACAAGUGGGAAAAAGAUAACCUCAACAGCGAUUCGGAUUCCUGGAUAACCGAGCGUUUAACUUUCAAGCAAGACCAUCGGCUGGAAACGCGACAUAUCCGUUCGGUGAUAUGGCGGCUCGCAACCAAAUACCUCAAGGCCAAUGAGUGGAGGAAACUUGCACACUAUUGGAAAUUCACGGAGGCGCACAUCCGUGCAAUUGAACACCAGUGGACAGGCACCAAAAGCUACCGAGAACACGGCCAUCGGAUGCUUCUGAUAUGGCUUCAUGGGACCAUCAUGGCAGGAGAAAACACAAUCAAAGAACUGUAUGAAGGGCUGGUUAGCAUUGGGAGGAGUGACUUAGCAGAAAGUAUCCGGAAACAAGCGAAUGCAGAUUCACCCGCAUCUCCACGGAGGUGUUCAGCAAUGUGAGAUCCGAGGUGUUUCAGAACAUGGCUCCACCAUGCAACUCUGCCAGAGAUUUCUUUCAGAACUUGCAUCAAAAGGGCCACCAUUUCCAAGGGCUUCUUGCCAUCUUGAAUGGCAACCUUUCCAAUCCAGGUCAGGUCCACGUAAACCGUCUUAUCAGCAGCCUCCUAAAUCACAGCAAUGCACCUGUAGGGCCUCAGCUGGAGAGAAGGGGAAAUAACGGAUUUUAUUUUUUCCUCCCCGAGGUCUGAGACAAAGUCU